AUGAAUUUACAGACGCACCUUUCAGGGCAGAUAUCAGGACAGGUUCCAAACCAAGCAGGUACUUCUUUGGCUGGGCUACCGCAGCAAAAAGGAAAUCCCCUGCCUGGACAUAUGCAAAAUCCUGGUGUUAAUCGUAGUGUUAUGAACUUGGAUCCAGAAUUUGGGAAGGCACGCAAAUAUAUGACAGAAAGCAUAUAUGAAUUUCUCAUGCAGCGUCGACAACAAACUCUCGAUGCUCCCCCUAAGAAACUGUUUGACAUAGUAAGACGCUUAGAGGAGAGUCUAUUCAGGAGUGCUAUGACCAAGGAGGAGUAUCUAAACAUGGAAACCUUGGAAAGUCGUUUACACCUGUUGAUUAGACGGAUGAGUAACCACAACCAGCAAUUUUCACAUGCUAAUACUUCCUCUUCAAUUGGUACAAUGAUUCCGACUCCUGGAUUGCCUCAGACAGGGAAUUCAAUCCUGCCAAGAGCUCCGUCAGUCGAUAGUUCUAUCGUUGCUAACAAUGGUGCUUUGGCUAGUGGAUAUCAGCAGUCAUCUACUGGUUUCGCAAUCAGUUCUGGUGGAAAUAGCAUGUUGACAUCCAUGGGUGUACAGAGAAUGACCAGCCAAAUGAUCCCCACUCCUGGAUUUUGUAAUCCAAGUAACGAAGGGAAUAAUAAUGCCAAUAAUCAGUCUUUCUUGAACCCGGACUCAUCUUAUAAUGUCAGUGCAUUUCCAGCUGAAGAAUCUACUAUUGUAUCACAGCCAAUGCAGCAUGCUGGUGGUCAAAAUAGUCGUAUGUUGCAUAAUAUUGAUGGUCAUAUGGAUCGGUCCACAUUGCAGCAAACGUCCUAUGGAUUAUCAAGUGGGUCCUUAAAUGGUGGGCUAGGGGUGAUUGGAAACAAUAUACCUCCAAUGAAUGGUCCGGGAACUUCAGAGGGCUAUUUAAUGGGAACCAUGCAUGGGAACUCCCCAAAACCCUGGCACCAACAUUUCGAUCAGCAUCAGCGACCAGUGAUGCAGGGUGACAGAUAUGAGCUUGGUUCUUCUGAUGCUUCGGGGUCUGGAAACUUGCAUGUUCCUGUAACCUCUGUUGAGUCGGUGAUGAAUGAUCAGAAGUUUAAUGCAGUAUCCGUGCAGUCCAUGCCCAAUGCAAGCCCUCCUUUGAUGGCCAAUCAGUCGAACAUGCAUGCAACUCAACAGUUGAUUAGAAUGAAGCCUCAUUCAACUAAUCAAUCAGAAAAAUUGCACCUUCAAUCGAAUUACUCAGGGAGAGAGAAUGUUGUAAAAUCUCAUCAACCUCGACCAUUUCAGAAGCCUUCAUAUCAAUUUCAGCGCCAGCAACUUGGUCCACAUCAACUCCAACAAAAUCAGCAAAGUCAAAGCCACCAGCUUUUGUUAAAGAAUGAUGAGUCUCAGCUGCCAUCUGAUAUAGGUUCUAAAGUGAAGUCCGAGCCUGGAACAGAGCACCAUGAUGAAAAUCUGCACUCACAAGUCUCCGACCAAUUCCAAUUUUCUGAUAUACAGAAUCAGUUCCCACACAAAACUAUGGAAGACCAUUCUAGAAGUUCUCAGUCUCUUCCACAUACAUCUUACUCACAGGAUGUCUGUUCAUCUGUAGCUCAAACUUCUGAGCAUAUGCAACGAUUUUCGCCACAUCAAUAUGCUCCUAAUUCUCAAAGUGAUUUUAGUGGUUUUUCUGGUAAUGAUCAAUUAGAUUCAACACCGCAUGGUCGGUGGCAUCCCAAGACUCAUGAUGGGUCUCAUAUGGCAGGGGAAUUCCUUCAUGAUCAAAAUGUGCCCGAGAAAUUUCGUCAGAGAAUAACUAGGAACGAUUUAGCUGAGCGAAAUAAUCUCUCCUCAGAGGAAUCAAUGAUUGGUCAACCUGAUGCUACUAAAUCAACAGAGCCUUUCAAUGUGAGUGGGACUGGGUGCAGAUCUGGUAACCUUAAUCGUGAACAGCAGUUCAAGAACCAACAAAAAUGGCUGCUGUUUUUGAGGCACGCUCGUCGAUGUCCUGCUCCAGAAGGGAAAUGUCAAGAUCCUAAUUGCAUAAAUGGUCAGAAACUGUUGAGGCAUAUGGAACAAUGCAAUGUAUUUCAAUGUCCAUAUCCUCGCUGUCGUGCCACAAAAGCUCUAGUUAAUCAUCAUAGGCAUUGUAGGGAUACAAGUUGCCCAGUUUGUGUUCCCGUAAAGAAUUAUGUACAGUUACACCUUAAGGCAUUGGGUCGUGCUGAUCUGGUUUCUGCUCUGCCAAGUUCAGUCAAUGGAUCUUGUAAGUCCUAUAAUACUACUGAAAUAAUUGGUAUGUCGACGCUCAAGAUGAGUCCAGCUAUAGCCGAAAAUCCAGAAGAUUUACAGCCUAAUGGCAAACGCAUAAAGAUUGAGCAUACCUCCCAACCUCAUGUGUCUGAAAGUGAGAGUUCUGCUGUACCAGUUCCUAGCAUAAAUGAACCUCAUUCCAUCAAGGAUUCACAGCAUACUGAAAAUUUUAAUCCUCUUGUGACAAUGGAACCAGAAGUUCCGGAAGUAGAGAUGGAAAUUCCUGUAAGUAAACAAGGAAGUCUUAAGAGCAUUGAGAUGAAAAAUGAGAAUUUGGAUGAUACCCUCCUCCAGAAUAUUGAAGGCUCUACUAUAAAAUUGGAGAAUUCUGUUGUACCGACGGUGCCGGAGGACAUUAAGAUCAAGAAGGAAUUGGACCAGGGUAAACAGAAAAGUACGUCUCUAUUUUCAGAAAAUGCAUCCAAGUCUGGGAAACCAAACAUAAAGGGAGUGUCACUGAUAGAAUUGUUCACUCCUGAGCAAGUCCGAGAUCACAUUACAGGUCUUAGACGGUGGAUUGGCCAGAGCAAAGCAAAAGCAGAAAAGAACCAAGCAAUGGAGCAUUCAAUGAGUGAAAAUUCUUGCCAGUUGUGUGCAGUUGAGAAGCUUACCUUUGAACCACCACCUCUAUAUUGUACGCCUUGUGGUGCUCGCAUAAAAAGAAAUGCGAUGUAUUAUACCAUUGGAGCUGGAGAUGCUCGUCAUUGCUUCUGCAUUCCAUGUUACAAUGAGGUUCGUGGAGACACCAUCAUGGCUGAUAGAACUCCUAUUCCAAAGGCAAGGUUGGAGAAGAAGAAAAAUGAUGAAGAAACUGAAGAAUGGUGGGUUCAAUGUGACAAGUGUGAAGCUUGGCAACAUCAAAUAUGUGCUUUAUUUAAUGGCAGAAGGAAUGAUGGUGGACAAGCUGAGUAUACAUGCCCAAAUUGUUAUAUAGCAGAAGUGGAAAGAGGAGAACGUGUGCCAUUACCACAGAGUGCCGUUCUGGGAGCAAAAGAUUUGCCUAGAACAAUUUUGAGCGAUCACAUUGAGCAGCGAUUGUUUAGACGGUUGAAGCAAGAAAGACUGGAGAGGGCAAGGGCUCAAGGAAGAAAUUAUGAUGAGGUUCCUGGAGCAGAAACACUUGUUGUAAGAGUUGUGUCAUCAGUGGAUAAGAAGUUGGAAGUUAAACCAAGGUUUCUCGAAAUUUUUCAAGAGGAAAACUAUCCAUCAGAGUUUCCAUAUAAAUCUAAGGUGGUAUUAUUAUUUCAGAACAUUGAAGGCGUCGAAGUAUGCCUUUUUGGGAUGUAUGUUCAAGAAUUUGGAUCAGAAUGUCAGCAGCCAAAUCAUCGCCGAGUUUAUCUCUCAUAUCUAGAUUCUGUGAAGUAUUUCAGACCAGACAUCAAAACAGUGACAGGAGAGGCUCUUCGGACAUUUGUUUACCAUGAAAUUUUGAUUGGAUAUUUAGAAUAUUGCAAAUUGCGUGGUUUCACAAGCUGCUAUAUAUGGGCUUGUCCUCCAUUAAAGGGUGAAGACUAUAUUUUAUAUUGCCACCCAGAAAUUCAGAAGACACCAAAAUCUGAUAAACUCAGGGAGUGGUACUUAUCCAUGUUAAGAAAAGCUGCAAAGGAAAAUGUUGUAGUUGAUCUUACUAAUUUAUAUGACCAUUUCUUUGUUUCUACCGGCGAAUGUAAAGCUAAGGUGACUGCAGCACGGUUGCCAUACUUUGAUGGAGAUUACUGGCCUGGUGCUGCAGAGGACAUGAUCUAUCAACUACAACAAGAAGAGGAUGGGAGGAAACAGCACAAGGGAGCUAUGAAAAGAACCAUCAUGAAAAGAGCUUUAAAGGCAUCUGGUCAAACUGAUCUUUCUGGCAAUGCGUCGAGGGACAUCCUGUUAAUGCAUAAACUUGGUGAGACGAUAUCUCCAAUGAAGGAGGACUUUAUCAUGGUUCACUUGCAACAUGCAUGCUCGCACUGCUGCACUCUAAUGGUAUCUGGAGAUAGUUGGGUUUGCAAACAGUGCAAAAACUUUCAGCUUUGCGACAAGUGCUAUGAAUCUGAGCAAAGACGUGAGGACCGAGAUAGACAUCCUAUCAAUCAAAAGGACAAGCAUGUACUGUACUUGGUAGAAAUCAAUGAUGUCACUGUUGAUACCAAAGAUAAAGAUGAGAUUCUUGAGAGUGAAUUCUUUGAUACCAGGCAGGCAUUUCUUAGCCUCUGUCAAGGAAAUCAUUAUCAAUAUGAUACCCUGCGUCGUGCUAAGCAUUCCUCAAUGAUGGUCCUCUACCAUCUUCACAAUCCCACUGCCCCAGCAUUUGUAAUGACAUGUAAUGUAUGUCAACAUGAUAUAGAAGCCGGUCAAGGUUGGCGCUGCGAGACGUGCCCAGAUUAUGAUGUAUGCAAUGCUUGUUAUCAAAAAGAGGGUGGGAUUAAUCAUCCUCAUAAGUUAACUAAUCAAUUAUCCAAUGAACGUAAUGCCCAAAAUAAAGAAGCAAGGGAAUUCCGAGUUCAGCAGCUUAGGAAAAUGCUUGAUCUCCUGGUGCAUGCUUCUCAGUGCCGUUCUCCAAAUUGUCAAUAUCCAAACUGUCGCAAGGUGAAGGCACUUUUCCGCCAUGGUAUGCUCUGCAAAAUACGUGCUUCUGGUGGGUGUGCUCUCUGUAAGAAAAUGUGGUAUCUUCUUCAGAUUCAUUCUCGAGCCUGCAAAGAAUCCCAAUGCACUGUACCGCGCUGCAGAGAUUUGACUGAACACAUUAGAAGGCUGCAACAGCAGUCUGAUUCCCGAAGAAGGGCAGCUGUGAUGGAAAUGAUGAGGCAGCGUGCCGCUGAAGUUUCCGGGAAUUCUGGAUGA